GGGAAAUCAACUAUAAUAAUAAUGGGGAAUCACGAAAUCAAGAAUUGACCUGAUUACUAUUCUGAGUGAAGAUAGCUCAACAUGCAAAUAUAUUACUCAUUAUAUUAGCUUACUCUAGUUAUGAAAUAUGCAUGGAAGAUGUAAGUCUAAAGUGAAACAAAAUCAUUUACCUUCAUCAACCAUUCUCAACCUACAAUCAACAUCAUCGAUUGAAAUUUAUUGUAUCGCAAGAUUGUAAAAAAAAGACCAUUUCCAUCAGAUUGACCAGAAUUCAAUGAUUCAUUUUUUUCUCACCUUUUUUCUCUCCUUUCUUCUCAACCUUGAUCAAUAUCAUUCAUUAUUUUUGUCAUUGUUGUCAAUAAUUUGAAUCACCCCUUGAUCAUCCCCUGAAGCUCCUCCUUGCCCACCUUUGAAGGACUACCAGCAAUUUGUUACCUAUGAAACAAGACGAACAAAAUUAAUCUCAAAAUAUUCCUUUUUACUUUUACACUUAUUAUGACUUGAAUUUGACUGCAUCUCAUAUCUUUAGUCAAUUUAUUUCCCCAUUUGAUUGUUAAUUUUUCAAAGCAACACAAUUGGCAAAACACUUCAAAUAACUGAACAUUAAUCGGGAAUAUUGUUUAUUAUUGUGAGCUUUUAUAUUCAACCCACCAACAGAUCAACGGACAAAAAUGGUUAAAAUCAAAGUAUGGUUAACAGUUUUGUUUCAAGCGGUCAUCAUUUUAUUCUCGUUGGAAGGAAUGUUGGCGAUCUCAUGUUAUAAGUGUCAAAGCAUUAAUGGUAUGGAUUCAGCUUGUGAAUCGGGUUCAUCUGGAGCUGGUUAUCAGGAAAAUUGCAGAUUCCAACCAAUGGGUAGACAGUUGCAGUCUGCAGCUGAAUACUGUAUUAAAAUUGUUGGCAGAACAGACAAUCGUGAAACAAUUUUGAUUCGGGAUUGUGAUGAGAAACCAUUAAGUCGUACUCAACCAUCUUAUUUCAACUACCAGAACCGUAGGAUCAACGGCACUCAAUACAGCUGUAAAUCUGAUUACUGUAACAAAUCAAGCAACAUAAAACCUGGUCUUGUUUUACCAUUGAUGGCUUCACUUUUGAUCAUCACUGGUCAUUAUUUCAAAGCAACCCAUUUCUCCAUUUAAUCAACGUUUUACAUAUUGUCAUUGACAUCUUUGGACGCACUUUAAUCACUAUAAUGGUUUAUCAGAAUACAGCAAUAAUCGUACAAUUAUGUUAAAUCAGCGUGGAUGGUUGAUUUUUGUGUACAUCUCUUGUGUCACAGCUUAAUGGUUAAACUGCAUUACAGUGUAAAUCAAAGAGGAUCAUCAAAUCAAAUCAUUUUGCUUUGUUUCUUUGCCAAUUUUACAUCCAUUUACCUCUUAACUACCUCAUAGCAGUUAACAAAAUUAACUAUCUAUGUAAAUAAUUAGUUGACUUUGAUUUUGUUUUUAACCACCAACAGAAAUCACUGAAGGAAACUGGGAAAAAUAUGCUGUAACAGAUAAUUAUUAUUGUAAAAUCACUUAACCCAAAUAUUACUUGUAUUUGUCGAUAAAAUCAUUCUAUUGAUUGAAUUGUAUUACUAUUAUUAUGAUCAUCAUAAUAUAUUAGAGAUAAAUGUUUAUUCAAAUCGAUUCAAUCUAACGAGAGAAGACAAAAAAUCAAUACAAAUUUUGACUGUAACAAUUGUUAGGCCUACUUAUCAUACAUUUUAACUUUUUAUUUUUCAAUGGAAUACUUAUUUGUUAAAAUUUAAUCACAAUACUUUCAAAAUUAAGUGUAUAAUUUGGAUUUGAAUAAAUAACAAGUGAUUAAGCGAAUAGAUGAGCAAGAAAUGAAAAAAAUGAAAAUAAAUUAAAGCUCGAGUUCAUUUUGAAUUUCCCUCUUUUUUACAUGCAAGUAAUAAGAUGCUUCCAAUGACUACUGACUCGUAUUUAUGGUUAAAAGUUUACGCGUUUAUCAUUUCUAUUUACAUAUUUCUUGUCAAUUUUUUUGUUCCGUUUUUUUUUAUUUGUUUGUUUGACUCUCUCUUCUUACCCAAUGUUAACCCAAAACAAGUGGAGAAGCUGGGUCAACAAGUCUUGGAGACAAAAAGUUAUCCUAACCACUUGAUCCUCAAAUAAUACAUUAUACACUCAAGAGACUCAUCGCUAUAAGUGACUUUAUCCUCUUCAUUUUAUAUUUACAUGGAGUUAGUGGCAUUCAGUCAAUCUCAAAGGAAUACAUCACCAUCAUCAUCAUCCUUGUCAUCUUUAUUGGAUGAAAAUUUUGCCCAAAACUGUCUUCAAACGUCUCUAAUCAACUGACAAGUCUUCUUCAUCUAUUUUUUCCGUAAUUUUGCUUAUUCAAACCUUAGGCUGAGUAUAAAAUGCUUCAUAAAUUUGCUUCAUCAUGUUGCAGUUGUUACAUCGACAUCGGAUGAAUUCAAUUGUGUCUGCUAACAAUAUAAUUUCAUUGAUUCGUGUGAUUGUUAUUGUUGCAAUGUUAAUUGAUAAUUAACUUUGACCCAUUGGCAGGAGAAACCCUUUCUAAAUGUCAGCUUUGCUUUCUGUUGACAUGAUCAUUGUUUGUUGGCCUCUUUCAAGAAACAACUUUACAAGUGGAAAACAGAGCUUAUCCUUUUUUAAUCCUCACCCUCAAUCCUAUUUCAAAUGAACAGAGUAAAUUAAAUGGCUGGACAAGAUAACUGAAUUUAAUUACAUUAUUCAUGUUAUUGUUUUGCAUUUCUAACUCGGUGUGAUUCAAUUAAUUGGAUGGACAUAAAGCAGAUGAAGACAGUGGCCAGAAGAGCGACUGGAAAGGAGGAAAAGUAAUUGACAGAUUAAAUGGAAUUGAAUAGAUCAAGUUGAUGUGAUUUACAUUAAUUGUAAUAAACUUUUUAUCAUCAUCCA